AUGCCUGAUAUGAAAGGCCAUACUAUUUCGAAACGUUCAUUGGCACCAAAAGACAUUGCAUCAAUUAGUUGGAUGUCAGUGGUCACUUCUUUGGGAUAUUUCACUCAAGAAUUAUUAUCUAAAUUUGAUGUUGGAGCCAGAUUGAACGAACUUGAAUUGAAUUAUGCUACACGAAUGCAACAGUUGGAUUGGUAUCAGAAAUUAUCAACUAAAAUUCAUGAUGAAUUAUCUCAACAAAUGGUACGGCUACAUAACAAUGUAGAUAAAACAUUAUAUCGAGUUUCUCAACAAAACAUAUUUUAUGCUGCAUUGUCUACUCUUUACAUCCAAAAAUGCCCUCGUGAAUAUUGGAAUGGUCAUGGUUGCGAAACAUUAGUCUCAGAUGAAACCAAUGGUGGUAAUUUUGUAAACAUGAUAUUAAAAUUAUCUACCGUUAUCGUGCAUCCAAUUAACCAGAUCCUUGAAGUCGAUCCAUUUGUCAUCAAAAAAUCUCCAAAUGAAACAUCAACUUGUUUUUAUGAAUACAAUGGUCGGCAAUUAUUUUUAUACGAUUCAAAUACAAAUUGCAUUAGAAACGUUAACAUUCCUAAACCAAAAAAUCCUUCAGCUAUUAUUCUUGCCAAUGAGAUUGAAGAUCCAAACGUCAAGAAAACACGUUGCUCGAAUUGGUCCGAUUUUUUAGAUGAAUUUUGGCGCAAAUCCUAUUGUAAAAAUACCAAAGAUUUAAGUGCUGAAGAAACUGUACAAAUCAAAACUGAUGACUAUUACAACUACAUCUAUUGUUCCGGCUUUAAUUUGACCAUUCUUGAUGAUGAAUAUGGCCAUCGAUCUUUCCAAUGCAACAAUAAUAUUCAUAGAUUAAAUCUCAAUACAUCAUUCAUGAUUGGAAAUAUAUCCUUUCUCUUGGGACAUGAACAUCAUAAUGUCCAAUCUUAUUUGGUUCCAAUCAAUGAAGAGAAUGUUGAUUCUGCGAAUGAAACAAUUUCAGAACAAUACCUACGUGAACAACGUCAUUAUUUAAUGCAAAAGCAUAAUUCCAGUUUGGUGUCGCAAGAUCAAGGUCUAAAAAAACUUAAAAUGCUACUUGAACAUGAAAAUAAUCUAAUUCUUGAAAUUGAAGAUGAACGAAACAAAUUACUUAGUUUUUUUCAUGCCAGAUUUAUGCCUUGUUAA